CCAAAAUUGAGCUAACAGUAUGUACGUAUCUGAUCAUGCAACGUCCCUAAAUCCACCUUACGUUGGACACUACACUCGUUACGUCGCUAAAUCUGACAACUGCUUGGCUUCGGAUCGGGACACAGUUAAGGAAUCCGAAAAGGCCACUGCGUGGAUUCAAAGAUCAACUGCGGAAGGUUCCUGAGCACGACUCAGAUUUGUUCCUGGCCUUUUAUAAGCCACACAAGGGCCCUCGUCAACGAAGCACCCAGUGCACGCACGACGGCAACCAACAAACGCGAGAUUCACAAACUCCCGUAAUACGCGAGCGCCAGACGAUCCAUCCUCGAUCGGAUCAGCGGCGAUACAUGGCGCACGAGCAGGAGUCUUCGACGGAGGCCGCCGCCGGUGGUGGCCCGCCGCUAUGCGCGAACGGCUGUGGGUUCUACGGGAGCGAGGUGACCAAGGGCAUGUGCUCAAAGUGCUACCGCAACCACCUCAAGUCCACAGAUGUGGCUGCCCCCGCCGUCGAGGGGAAGAUCAAUGCCGACGAUCUCAUCCUCGCCUUCAAGAAGUCGGUUAGCCUGAAGGACUCUACCGCUGAGGCGGCACCGGCGGCGGAGGCGACAGCGAAGAAGGCGGCGCCAACCAGGUGCAUGGCGUGCAAGAAGAAGGUGGGGCUGCUGGGCUUCGCGUGCCGCUGCGGUGGUACCUUCUGCUCGCUGCACCGCUACGUGGACGGGCACGCGUGCGGCUUCGACUACAAGAAGGUCGGCCGGGAGCAGAUCGCGCAGCAGAACCCUCUCGUCGCGCCGUCCAAGCUCCACAACAAGAUAUGAAUGAAGGCAGGAAGAGUUGGAAAACAUGUACAGUUUUAGUUUACUCAUUCGCAAAGUUUCUUUGUAGCCUGUCCUUACUCAUUUGCUUUACUGUCUCU